AAAACCCCUUUUAUAAAUUAGGGUUGUCAUAGCCCCUCGCCAAUUUUAGGGUUUGGAAGCUUGGCCCUUGAACCAAUAAAGCCUGGACAACUCUCCCUCUCUUUCUCAAUGGAAAAAGGCCCAAGAAAGUACUUUUCCGAAGCACAAGGGUAAAAAUAAUUAGGGCAAGAAAUAAAUGCCCUUGCUGAAAUUUUCUUUCCGAUCCCCCCUAAAGCCAACAAUUUUUAGGGCUUGUACUUAAUGCCCCGUCGUUUGGCAAAUGUCGCACGCAGAAAAGGGCGGGAGAAAACGCUUGAAAACAAGUCCUAUGCGUAAAUUGAAGAUGGCCCACCUGUAAGUUUUCACCGUUAAUCAAUCUAAAACUCUAAUUUCUUUCAGGGAUUGCAAUAUCAUGUCCUUUCUUUCAGGGAUUCCAAUAUCAUGUCCCUGCAGCUUCUUUGGUCUUUAAAGUUGAGCUCUAACAAUGUCCUAAUAAAACCCAAAAUUUGCAAAUUUUGAAUUCAAAUUUGGACUAGUUGGGUUGUGUUUCCAUGGCUUAUUGUAUAGAUGGGUCUCGCUCAAAUCGCGUUGAAACCCUUCCUAGCAAUUAGAUCGAAGGUGUUCACAUGGAUAUUGUCGGCAAUUCUGACGAAGAUUUGCUCAGUAAGGGCAAGAUUAAAGUCUUGUUUAAUCAGAUUCUGAAAGCUGGUGCAAAAGGUUCACAAGAGAAGGAAGGUAGGCCUUUCCCUCCAAUGGUUGGAGAUGGGAGAUCGAUUGAUCUCUACAGCCUAUUUCUGGUGGUGUGGAAAAAAGGUGGGUAUGAUUCAGUAUCAAAAAGUUGUGCAUGGAGUUCAGUUGCAGAUGAAUUGUGCUUUGAAUCUUCUUGUGGGGCUCCGAUUAAGUUGGUAUAUGCAAAAUAUUUAAGCUUCAUGGAUCGGUGGAUGGAGGCGCAUGGAUUGGACUUUAAGAACUGUUUAGAGGCCCUUGUUCAUGGAAACAUGCAUAAGAAAAAUGGGAUGCAUGCUUCUUGUGAAUUAGAUUGCAAUGGGAAGGAGCUUCGAACUCCAUCAAAGCAAAGCGCGUAUGCUUCUCCGAAAUUAGAUUGUAAUGGGCCCAAGCAUGAAGCCCCAUCAAAGCAACGUGGAGAAAAUUUGAAUAUUUCUGUGAUUUAUGUCGACAGUGAGGAUGAAAAAGUGGAUGGGAACAUAUGUUCUCCUACAUGGAAGAGGGAACCUCUAAUUCUCAUGUUGAAGUGGCUGAAAGGUGUUGCUAAAUAUCCUGGGGAUCCUAAAAUUGGAUUGGAUGAGUCAGGAAAGGGUAAUCCCAUUGUGGAGAAGUAUAGGGCUCAAUGCAUUUUAGCUCGUAAGGCUUUUCUUCUUAAAAGAGAAGAAUACUCGGGCAGUGGAGACUCUUUUGCUCAGAGGAGGCAAAGAGUGCACCCCUCUAUGUAUGAGGACCUUGUGAGGAGCAGCCAGAGGCUUCUUGCCCUACAAAACAAUCGGCUCUCUCUUCUCGCUUCUUCUCCAAGUAAAUGUCGUGUCCCUAAUAAUAACAAAGUUGACCACAUUUUCAUUGAGAACCACCCCUUGGAUUCAUUGAGCCCAUUGUCUAAGGAAAAUCCAUUAUCUAUUGACCGAUUUUCGAGAAAGCUGGUCCCAGUUGGGCCCUACUUCCAAGCCCAAGUUCCUGACAGGGUAGAUGUGAAACGCAAAGUUUCACUCGGUGAAUCAGGCUUUUCUGACGAUUCAAAAUGGUUGGGUAGACAAAUUUGGCCUUUUAAAGGCUCCAAUGUAGUGACAGAGAGAGAGAGUAUAGGAAAAGGCAGGGCCCUUAUGUGUUCAUGCUACCUUCCUGGAUCUGUUGAGUGCAUUAGGAGCCAUAUAUCUGAGAAAAGACAGAGAUUGAGGGCAGAAUUGGGUUCGGCCUUCUUCAACUGGAGGUUCUAUGAUAUGGGUGAAGAAGUUUCGACCUUUUGGACAGAAAGAGAAGAACAGAGAUUCAAGGCUCUUGUGAGAUUGAAUUCAUCUUCUCUUGAUAACAGCUUUUGGUGUCAAGCAUCUGCUUGCUUCUCUGCCAAAAGCAAGGAAGAGAUAGUGAGUUAUUAUUUUAAUGUUUUCCUUUUGAGGCGCAGAAGUUAUCAAAACAGGUUCACCCCAAGAAACAUUGACAGUGAUGAUGAAGAGUUUGAGCCUGGGUUUCUAAGCAAUGAUUUGGGUGUAAAAAUGGGUAUGGAUUCUGGGUCUAGGACUUCAAUAUGUGCUAAAAAUUCUCAAUGUCAGGAUUUGGACUUCAUGGACAUGGACAUGGAACAAAGUGUCGAGGUUUAGGAACUUUGAAUCUUUUGAUUUUGUGUGGAUGGAACGAAGUAAACAGAGGCAGAGGCUAAAUGCCUGUUGGGAUUACCUGAAGUAAGAAUAGCAAAUAACCACAGAGAUGGCUACUUUUGUGUGUGUGUGAGCCUUUUGUGGAUAUUACAGGCGGUUUUGCUGGAUUUGAGCCCUUGAGUAGCCUAAGAAUCUGUUGGUUUCAUGACGUCGAUAUACAUACAAGAAGGGUUCUUAGAGUUCUUUUUUUGUUUGAAGGAGCCGACAACUACACAAAUUUGUUGAAACGGAGAAGAAAGAUAUGGGAAUGUUUUAACAUAGAUUUUGAAUUCAAAUGCAUUGGUUAUGGCCGGCAUCCUGCCAUUGUAUUAAAAGAGAGGCAGGUAACAUCAUUGCAUCUCCAUAUGGUAAUUGUACAGCAUGGAUUUUUGGUGACAUAUUUUUGGGCUGAAGGUCUUGGACAUUAAUUAUAUGCUUGAAACUUUCAUGAA